AUGGGGGGCUUCUGGCCUUGGAUGCUGGGGCUGCUCUCUUUGCCAGGUUUGAUCCUAGGAGCGCCCCCAGCCUCCAGCUGUCCAGGAGCCUGUGGGAGCAGCUUCUCAGAAGGCCUCACCCCUGAGGGGACCCAGACGUCUUGGGACAAGGACAUCCCUGCGAUUAAUCAAGAGCUCAUCCCUGAGGAAACACCAGAGAGCAGUUUCCUCCUUGAGGGAGACAUCCUCCGGCCGAGUCCUUUCCGCCUGUUGUCAGCUACAAGCAACAAGUGGCCCAAAAAUGGGGGUGUGGUGGAGGUCCCCUUUCUGCUCUCCAGGAAGUAUGAUGAGCCCAGCCGCAAGGUCAUCCUGCAGGCGUUUGCGGAGUUUGAACGCUUCACAUGCAUCAGGUUUGUGGCCUACCAUGGCCAGAGAGACUUCAUCUCCAUCAUCCCCGUGUCUGGGUGCUUCUCUGGCGUGGGGCGCAGCGGAGGGAUGCAGGUGGUAUCCUUGGCACCCACCUGCCUCCAGAAGGGCCCAGGCAUUGUCCUGCAUGAGCUCAUGCAUGUGCUGGGCUUCUGGCAUGAGCAUUCACGGGCUGACCGGGACCGUUAUAUUCGUGUCAACUGGAAUGAGAUCCUCCCAGGCUUUGAAAUCAACUUCAUUAAAUCUCGGAGCAGCAACAUGCUGGUGCCCUAUGACUACGCAUCUGUGCUGCACUAUGGGAGGCUUGCCUUCAGCCGGAGCGGGCUGCCCACCAUCAUGCCACUCUGGGCCCCCAGUGUCCACAUCGGCCAGCGAUGGAACCUGAGUGCCUCGGACAUCACACGGGUCCUCCGGCUUUAUGACUGCAGCCCAAGUGGCCCCGGCCCCCAGGGGAGAGAGUUCCAGGCCCAUGGCAUCGAUGGGAGCCUCACUGCCGCCUCUGGACCACACCUGCAGCGGCUGCUAGAGGCAUUGCUAGCAGAGUCCAGGAACUCCAGCCCCAGUGACCCCAGGGCUGGAGAGAGCCCGCUGGAGUGGGAGCCCCCAGUCGUGGGAAAGUCUGGUGUGGAGGCCUCUGCAAGGUGGCCUCAGACCUCAGCUUCCUCCAGAAGCUCCAGGUCUGGUGCAGCUGCUCCUGGGGGGGCCCUGGAGUGGCCCCGGCAGGCCCACGUGUCCACUAUGCCCCUAGCGCCAUCUCGAGAAGACCAGCCAGCGCCUAUCUGGGCUGUUUGGGGGAAACCAGCUCUGGGGAACUUCCUGGGGACACCCAGAGCUUGGAGCGUUUUCAGCGACCCCGACGCGGUGGGCCGGGCCGUAGACAGCGGCAGGGGGCGCUCGCCACCCGGCCACGGGCACCUCCCUGGGCUUCGCAGGCCUGACGGAGCCCAGUCUGGCCGCUACCCGGCUCCCCACUCGCCUGCCGACGCUGGCUGCCUGCAGGCGCGGCUCCCGGCCUGA